AUGACCACGCAAGCACAUUACACCCCGAGAGGCGUCCCGGCAGACGGUCAAUCGAUAGAGGAUCUCGUUUCGCAGGAGAGACAAACCAUCACCGACAUGCUUCUUCCCGACGCUCCACCCAGGUCGGUCACCAAUGGACUGGCGAAUGCAGACCAUCUGAAUCCUCCAGACCUCGAUGUCCUUGCAUCAGCCCUGGGUGCUCCUGCUCGUCAAGUUCUUAACCGGGCCCAAGAACUUGGUCCUCGCACAGGAUGGCGUGAUGGUUACUUGACCAGCACACAUGGCUUCUGCCCCCCGGAUCCUUCAGCAGCACCCGCCGCGCUUGCUAUGUCACCUGGGAGAAUAUGGUCCGACCUCUGUGAGCGAAUGCCAGCGGUUGUUGCACGUGGCAAAAUGCGUGAAUCGAUCUUGGCCUUACCACUCGUCUACGGCACGGAAGAUGUCAUCCCUGAUCAGGCUUUGUGGGCUGCCGUUGUCUGCCUAGGUAUUCUUGCGAGCGUUUACCGAUACGAAGAACGCAACGACGGGCACGAAGGCAUCAGCGUGACCGCCCCACCUGGGACUUUCAGAAACUUGUCUGGUGAGGCAGAUGAUGAAGAAGAGGAGACGAAGGGAAUCCCGCGAAAUAUCGCCAUCCCGUUGCGACAAAUCUGCACGAGGAUGGGUAGAGUACUGCCUCACUUGACCCAGUAUGACGUAUCGGUCUACAACUACAAACUCCGAGAUCCAACCAGCAUCAAUCCAUACGUGGCCAGAUGUGAGAACAUGGAUCUGCGAUGGCCAGUCUUCAACGACCGAGGCGAGGCCAUGUUUCUCCUUUGCAUGGCAGAGACGCAUGGUUGCUUCACACAGGGCGUCGAGUUGAUCACAAGAUGCCAAGAAAGGGUCAUGCUGAGGGAUAAAGAGGGCUUACUUCGAGAACUCAUCAAAUUGAAAGCUAUCGUUGACAGGUUCGUCCAUGUCUUUCAGAAAAUCAGCGUCAACCCGAAUUCAGGCGAGAACUUUGCGAACCCAGUCGAGUGGGGUCAAAGAUACGCAAAAUUCAGUGCUCCUCUUUCAAAACGGGUGCCCGCGCUGUCGGGCCUGGCUCUUCCAGUCUUUCUGCUGAUGGACGCAUUCAUCGGGCGGAGGAAAUAUGACAGCUUCCUCGGGAGAGAAGCCCUCCACCUCCGAGCUUGGCUCCCAAUGAAUAUCCGAGCUUUCAUUGCCGCCAUCGAGUACCACUAUCAAGUUCCUGCGUUCGUCAAAGAGUCUGGUGACCCACGUUUGAUGGGGGUGAUGGAAGGCAUCUUAGAGGCCUAUCUGUCGGAACGAGGCUGGUUCGGCACCCAUCGUUACAAGGUCUACGGCUUCCUGGAAGUCGUUGCAAAGACGGGACGAAGCGAGACAAAUGGCAAUGCCGGCUCAGCAGACGACGCCGGGAGACCAUGGGAAGAAGUUCAUAAAACACUUUCUGAAUCCAUGCGGGAGCGCCUGGAACCGUUCAGGGGCAAAGUCACACUACAGCCGCACGAGCUCCGUGGAUCUUUCGAAGAAUGCAGGUUCAAAGCCAGGAUUUUAUCUCGCUCCUUCGUCGACACCGAUUCGUCUCGAUCGACUGCCAUGGUGACUUUCGGUCUAGAGGGUACUGGCAUGACCUUCCAACCUGGAGAUCGACUUGCCAUUAUGCCUCUCAACAGCUGGACGGAAGUCGGGAAGGUGACCGCCGCACUGGGACUUGACAACCUUCUUCAAGCCAAAGUGCCCGUUUCGCAAUCGCCUGAUUGGAGCCGCUUUGCUAAGCACCUCAGAACUCUGAACGGGACGGGCGAGGACAACUGGCUGACGGUGCGGGACAUUCUUCGACGCGGCCACCUGGCGCCCUUGACGAAGGACCUGGUCAUGGCUUUCCACAUGGCUUUGCGAGCCUCCUCUUCGACAGUGGUCAAAGUUCUGGGCUCUGAAAUGUGGCCUGUCCAGGGCACCGUGGGAGAUUUGCUGCAGCUUGCCGUCGCAGAAGUCUCUCCAGCGAUCUGGGAUAGAGCGUUCGACCUGGCUGAUCUCUCGUGGCUUCCGAAGCUGAUACCGAUCGAAGUCCCACGAACGUACAGCAUCUCGAAUUACUCCAACGAACUGCUUCCCAGCAUACUUGACCUGACUGUUGCCCGCAAUGAGUAUCAGCUGGCGCCGGUCCUGCAGUCUGCAUCAACGACCAACCAGCGGUAUGGGGUCAGUAGCGGCUGCCUCAACCCGGAUCCGUCGCACUCUGAAGAGAUGCUUGACGACGAGGAAUACCUUAUUGGCAUUUCAAGGCCGCUCAAUUUCCAGCUUCCGGCCACCAUUACCGGUCCUGUCGCGAUGUUUGCUGGCGGCUCCGGUAUUGCACCCUUCAGAGGCUUUUGGCAAGCGAGAGCGCAGACCAGUGUCGGAAGAAAUAUCCUGUUCCUGGGAGUGCAGUCAAGGGAGCGGUUUUCAUACGAACACGAGCUCAGAGACUAUGUCCGAAGCGGCCAGAUCGAACUACACACUGCCUUCUCCCGAGACAAGAACGGCCUGGUCUUUGAUCCCAUGUCUCGCGAGCUGGUCGAAAAGCAGAUGCCUCCUCGGUAUCUUGAUGCUGCUAUCGUCGAGCAAGGUCGCACGGUGUGUGACUUGGUCAUCUCGAAGAGCCAGGGUGGUCUCGGCGGACACUUAUAUGUCUGUGGCUCCUUGGCAGUGUACGAGACGAUCAUGUCUGGCAUCCGGCAAGCCAUCUACCAGAACUGGACAUCUACGAAGGAGUCGGCAGACAGCCUACUGGCAAGAGCUUUUGCAGAACGACGCUUCAUGCUGGACAUCUUCAUGUCACCACGGCCAGUCAGCUAUGCCACUCCCCGGAUACCCCUGUCGAAGCUGGCGUUGAACACCGGCCAUCGCAAGGGUUCACGGAUGUAUAUCGGCGUCCACGGCGGAGUGUACGAUAUUACUGACUUUUUGCCCAUUCAUCCCGGCGGCACUCUGAUUGCUCAGGCCAGCGCCGGCCUGGAUGCCUCGAAGACAUUCGAUGACGUGGCGCACACGACGAACCCGGAAGUGAUGAGCUUGUUGUCAAAGUACUUUAUUGGCCAUCUCGCAACAAAGCCCGACUUCCGAUCGACUGAACUCAGCAGCAUCUACGACCUCUGGUACCAGUACCUCCGAAACUGCGUGGAAGCCUUGACCACCUUGCAUUUCGAGGUCGACUACAUCCAACGAGAUGCCCGGACUUGGUUCCAGGGCGACCUGUUCAACAUGGGCGGGGUUCGAAAAUUCUACCAGUUCCAGUCUCGGUUGAUGCAGAACGGAUUCUCGACGCUAUUUGGCGCAAAGCUGCAAGAGCUCCAUUUGAAGCUGACUUUUGCCCUGGUGAAUUCAGGCACCCCAGGCACUCGGGUGCCAGAUGUCAUCGGCACCAUUACAAGGGCUCAAGCCUCGGCGGCGUCUGCAGCAGCGGCCAACGAGAUUGCACAGAUCGGCUCGUUCGUGUGUAACAACCAACAGGCUCAGUUUCAAGAGAACGGUAUCCUGCGAUAUGCCCGCGCUGUGACCGAGCUGGACGUUCAGUUUUUGGAAGAAAUCCGUGAGGAUGUCUGUCUUGGGAUGGACGCGUUCGAAGUUAUCGACUCGAUGAACUCGGCCACCGACAAGCAAAGACUCGUCAGUCUCAGCACGUACUUGCUCUCCGUCCUGGAACGAGUGGCCGAACGGCUUGAUACGUUCUUCUCCCGACUCUCCAGAGAAUCCAUCUACCGCCCGGAGCUCGAGAAGAACCCGGCGCGGACUCGGUGGAACUUGCUGCGGCGCAAAAUUCGGGAUGGAUCAUUCUUCAUCCUGGCACAGGGCACAGCGUUCACGGCGUCGAGCCAAACCAGGAAGCCGUUCCGUUCGACACGAUACGCCGAUCAAGACAUUUUAUUCGCCCAAGUCGUUUCUCAAGCCCAGCAAGCAGUGGAUGUCAGCCAAUCCAGACCGGAAUACUCGAGUUCCAGCAGCGUCAGUGCAGACCAAGGGCGUCCAAUGCGCCUGGCCGACUCGCAUACCGCACGGGCAGCAUCGAGUGCCAAGGCCCCGUCCUCGUUCGAAGCCCAUCAAUCACGAAAUGCCCUUCAAUCCAUCUCCGGCUUCAUGAACUUCAACAAACAGUCGAUCAAGCGAUUGAGCCAGCUACCCUCGGAUCUGAGUUUCGCUCACAUCAUGGCCGCCUACGGCACCACAAACAACAAGAAACUGCCCUCUAUUCCGCCAGUGAUGGAGGUGUCUGAAGCUCACCGUGAAGCAGCGUUACGGCAAAAUCAACGAACGAACCCCCAGCCGUCUCACGGAGUGCGCGACCCGCUCCCCUCGGCCUCUCCCGAACGCUCCAUGGCCCGGAGACGAGGCGACUCGUCGGGAGAAAACAUGCAGCGGCUCGUGCGCAGGCCCACCAACGGCUCCAUCUCGAGUGCCACAGGACUUCCACAUAACCCGGCACCAAGCGCGCAAAGCCAUGCGUCCUUCAUUGGUAGACCAUUAGCACCACCUCAGUCGCGAAGUGCCACUCCAGCUUCUACCGCUGACCCUCCCUUGCCACUACGCCUCGCCAGUAGAAGUCGGUCCCGGUCCCAUUCCCGGAACAGACUAGAAGACAACAUGAACGGCCUGAUGCACCGCACCCCGAUUCCCAUGGGCAUGACGGAAGAAGAAUCCGGCGUCCCCGGUCCGGCAGUCCCGGCCGUGCAACCGCAACUCACCCGCCGCAAAAUGUCCUCCGCAUCAGCCUCGCAAUACAAAACGAUGGGAGACGCGGAAUCCUUGCGCAACAGUCCUUUGGCGCGAAACCCGCCCAUGUCGGGCAUGCAGGGCGUGCAAGCGCCCGCACCAGGCGUAUUGCCUCUUGAUCCCGCUCAAACGGCUUCUCAGAUUAUCAAUGACCGACUGCUGGCGCAAAUGCAGCAGCAGAACGAUAAGCUCAUGCAAGCCCAGCCUCAGAGUCAGGCCAUGAAAACCGGGGCGUCUGUCGGGGGUGAUCCUACGCUAGGUGGCAGUGGUGGUCUGCGGACGUUGAAGUUGGCGCCGGCGCCGACGCUGAAUUCGCCGUUGAGGACGAGGCAGGGUGGGGGCGUGGGAAUGGCAAUGGGUACAUUGAACACGAUGCGCGGAUCUGAACUUGCGGAACAAGGUCCUGUGGACAACGGUCUGGGUGUUGGGUUCAGAGGGGCACCGCUUUUGCCGCUGAAUGUACGGUGA